GCUGGUGGGACGGAUCGUCGCCCGCGGCGCUUUCGCUGCCGCUUGUGAAGAUUUUUAUUUGCUUCCGCACAAUCACGCCCACGGGCGCUGUGUGCGUGUGUGUUGGGUUGGCUUUUUUGAGGGGCUUUUUUUUUUUUGGCUUUUUUUUUUUUUUUUUUUACCUCCUUCUUCUGCUGGUGGAAAGCCCUAAUUACUGCGAUUGCUGAUGGACCUUGGAAAGAAGGCUGCACUGGUGCCCCGCUCCGCAGUCGGACACGCUCAGCUUGCGCCGGACAGGGCGGCCGCUCGCCCGCCGCCCCCCGCCACCUCCGCGGGCCCCCGCGCUCCCCCGGCCGAGGCUCGGGACGAUACCGCCCGGCUCCUGCGAGCCAGGAUUUUACUUUCACGUCGCCGUUUCUCCUGCUCCGCUUGGAUUACUUGGCUGCUCCCGCUCGGUGAUCCCGCGCGAUGGAGAAAUCCAGUGCAGUAUUAAUCCACGGAGGUGCAGUGGGGACAGUUGGCAGUACAAUGGCUUCUCAGUACCUCGUAGUGGCUCUGGCCGUUUUCUCCUCUUUUGCCCAGGUUGUAAUAGAAGCCAGCUCUUGGUGGUCUUUAGGGAUGAAUCCCAUGAACCCCAUGAACCCUGUUCAGAUGUCAGAGGUGUAUAUAAUAGGAGCCCAGCCACUAUGUAGCCAGCUAGCAGGGCUUUCCCAAGGACAGAAGAAACUCUGCCAAUUGUAUCAGGACCAUAUGCAGUUCAUUGGAGAGGGUGCAAAGACGGGCAUUAAGGAGUGCCAGUAUCAGUUCAGACAUAGAAGAUGGAAUUGCAGCACUGUGGACAACAACUCUGUUUUUGGCAGAGUCAUGCAGAUAGGCAGCCGAGAGACGGCGUUCACCUACGCGGUGAGCGCGGCCGGCGUGGUCAAUGCCAUGAGCCGCGCCUGCCGGGAGGGAGAGCUCUCCUCCUGUGGCUGCAGCCGAGCUGCACGGCCCAAGGACUUGCCCCGGGACUGGCUUUGGGGUGGCUGCGGGGAUAACAUCGAGUACGGAUACCGCUUUGCCAAGGAGUUCGUGGACGCUCGGGAGCGCGAGAGAGUUUACCAGCGAGGCUCCUACGAGAGCGCCCGGAUCAUGAUGAACCUGCACAACAACGAGGCUGGGAGAAGGACGGUGUACAACCUGGCUGACGUCGCCUGCAAGUGCCACGGCGUCUCUGGUUCCUGUAGCCUGAAGACCUGUUGGCUGCAGCUCGCCGAUUUCCGCAAGGUAGGCGAUGCCCUGAAGGAGAAAUACGACAGCGCCGCCGCCAUGAAACUCAACAGCCGGGGCAAGCUGGUGCAGGUGAACAGCCGCUUCAACGCCCCCACCAUCCACGACCUGGUGUACAUCGACCCCAGCCCCGACUACUGCGUGCGCAACGAGAGCACCGGCUCCCUGGGCACCCAGGGCCGCCUGUGCAAUAAGACCUCAGAGGGCAUGGACGGCUGCGAACUCAUGUGCUGCGGCCGGGGCUACGACCAGUUCAAGACGGUGCAGCGAGAGCGCUGCCACUGCAAGUUCCACUGGUGCUGCUACGUGAAAUGCAAGUUGUGCACAGAAAUCGUGGACCAGUUUGUGUGCAAAUAGGGGGACAGGAUGAGGUGGGAGGAACUGUAGCCACCUGCCAGCGAGGGGUGUAGGCCCCUCUCCCUUUCCACAGGACUAUCUCCACUUUUAUUUAUAGAGUCCAACGAGUUGUCGUCUUCUUUUGAGAAAAAAAAAAAAAAAAGGAAAAAAAAAAAGGGCAGAGGAAGGGAAAAAAAAAAAGAAAAAAGAAAAAUAUAAAGAUUGCAAAGAGAAGUGCCUGGAAACCCUCUGUCUCCAUCCCAGAACUGUGUUAGGCUUAUAUUUUUGGCAAUAAUGGGUGAGAAUCUGAGAAUAUUUAUUUUGCAAAGUUAAAAAAAAAAUUGACUUUUCUUACAAACAAUAGAGUAGUUUGAGGGGAAAAUCCAACAUAUCCUAAUUUAGUACCAUGGAAAGUAAAUACAUGUGCAGUAGGCAGAGCAACCAUGUGAUGUGCUUGGGAUGCUAGAACAAUCCUUAAGGAUGUGAGGAACACACAGACCUGUCCAUGACUUUUAGUUUCAGACACUAGAAGUUGCUAGAAUAGGGUAUAUAAAGCUGUUCAGUGCAUGUAGGGCUCUGUAAAUAAGGGGUAUAUUCAGCAUGAAGUGCUGUGUUGGUUGCAUAUCUAACUGUGCCCACAGUGUCACCGGAGGGCAAAGAGCAAAGGAUCAGAAAGGCUUCAACUGCGCUAUCCCUGAAUCACAGGGGCUGGUUCCAAAAGCUAUCAAGAAUG